AUGAAGACAGUACCAGCAUCACAAUUACUAAAUUUCUUUCUAAAUUAUAAGCCUAACACAUAAUAAAUAAAUUUAGGGAAAAGGAAGUCAUUUAUAGAUGAUAUACAGGUUGAUGAGCAGCUAAACCAAUAUUUAGGAUUUGCUAGAAAAUCUUAUGAAGUUCAUCUAAACAAUUAUGCAUUAGUCACAGCAUCUCUGUGUGCUUUGCACUGUCCAGAAGAAUCUAAUUAGACAUUACGAGUAAGGAAGCAUAAGAAAGGAUUAUUGUGCUGUAGAACCAAAGUGAGCUUAAGAACAUGUUUAAGAUUGUUUCCCAUUAUUGAUAAUUUACAAAAUAUUCUAAUUUUGUUUACAAGAUAUAUGUCAGAUUUUGCAGCAAAAGAAUCGGAUGUGCUCAAAUCUUAAUCAUAAGAAAUGUGA